UUAACCCAGCUUCCAAGUCGCGAGUAAAAGUUGUAACGGUUCCCCCCUCGGCGCCAAACCAGAAACCAAUAUUCCCACCUCCCUAUCAUUUUCCGACAUCUUUCUCCUCACCGAAUGUAAAAUAAAUUCAACUCUAUCUACUGAAAAAAAAAAACAUAAAAUCCCAGAUUUUAGUAAUCCAUAAAACCCCUUCAGAAUCCCAAUUAUGGGAGUGGAUUACUACAACAUUCUGAAAGUUAAUCGGAAUGCAACCGACGAGGAUUUGAAGAAAGCCUACCGGCGGUUGGCAAUGAUAUGGCACCCCGAUAAGAAUUUAACCAGCAACAAGCAAGAAGCGGAGGCGAAAUUCAAGCAGAUUUCUGAAGCCUAUGACGUUUUGAGCGACCCACAGAAGCGGCAGAUCUAUGAUCUUUACGGCGAGGAGGCGCUGAAAUCCGGACAAGUUCCACCGCCUCCGCGCGGCGGUGGCCCUUAUGUUAAUCGGACCCACCAGCAGCAUCCAGACCCUUUUCAUAGGUUUAAUCCCAGAGACGCCCACGACAUAUACCGUGAGAUGUUUGGGAAAGAGAGUAAUGUUGGCGGUCCCGGCGGGACCAGUGAUAGGAGGGAUUCUGAUAGAAAUGGAUUCUUUUUUAGGAGUACUACUAUGGGUGGAAGUGGGAGUGGAGCUGGAAGUCAGUUUCCGGGCGCCGGAACCAGUAGUGGGUUGAGGAAGGCAGCUCCGGUGGAGAGAGUUCUUAUGUGUAGUUUGGAGGAUUUGUAUAAGGGGGCAAAGAAGAAGAUGAGGAUUUCGCGGACGAUACUGGAUGCGGCAGGUAAGUUGCGCAAUGUGGAGGAGUUCUUGAUCAUUGAUAUAUUGCCUGGAUGGAAGAAGGGGACAAAAAUUACGUUCCCUGAGAAGGGUAAUGAAGAACCUGGUGUCAUUCCGGCAGACCUUGUUUUUGUGGUUGAUGAAAAACCUCAUCCUGUUUUUACGAGGGAUGGUAAUGACCUAAUUGUGAAACAGGAGAUAUCUCUUCUGGAGUCCCUUACUGGAAAGAUUAUCGAACUGACAUCACUGGAUGGUAGGAAUCUCUCGAUUCCGUUAACACAAAUCGUGAAACCAGGACACGAGAUGAUUGUACCAAAUGAAGGAAUGCCAAUUUCGAAAGACCCAACGAAAAAGGGACAUCUGAAUAUUAAGAUUGAUGUUAGGUAUCCAUCAAGGCUUACUGAAGGACAAAAAUCUGAUCUGAGGAGAGUGUUGGGUUCAAGCUCAUGACGUUCGGUGUGGACAGAUUAAUCUGGAAAGACAUAAUGUGGUAGAUAUGACAGUUUCUGAUGUACAUACAGUACAGACAUGCGAAGAAAGGAAUAGAAGGAGAAAUUUUUUGCAGUGCAGACCAAGGCAAUAGCUUUCGUAUAGUAAACUAAACUUGCACCCAAUUAGAAAUCUUCAGAUUAGACUUUCUUCAUAUUUGUAGCUCAUAUUGAGCUAGCUCCCUUGUUUGAUGCAGAAAAACUAAUCUGGUGUAGUAGUGUUGCAUGGAAAACUCUUCUUAAACAGCAGUAGGAGAACCUUUUUUGAGAUUUUGGAUUACAAAGUGUUGUUGCUUUCGGGGUUUGUCUGCCUUCUUUAACAGUGUUUAUGGAUAGCAUAACAACUGCUAUAUUUAUCUUCUUUCUCAUUUUCUUUUUUUAAUACUCCC